AUGCACGUCUCAAAUCUUUUGUUACCUCUUUUAACCCUCUCUGUCACUACCCCUGCGGCAGUGUCCGCCCUUCAUAUCAACCCUCAACACAAGAAAGCCCUAUCUACUCCAUCCAACGGUCAACUCCAGGCUAAGAGGGAUGUACCAUCUACAGGGCACAAGACCAAGGCCAAGAGGUUGGUGAAGAAGAAGAAGAGAGCUACUUGUCAAGUCAAAUUCAAUGCUACUUCCAUUGCUACCGAAGCCACCACCAGUGCCACUUCUACCGAUUCUACCGCCUUACCUACUUUGACCAACAACGAAAACUGGGCGAACGCCACGGCCACCGCUACGUCCACUUCAGCGUGGGAUGACGAUACCUCUUCUGCUUCUGCCUCUACUUCUGCUUCAGCUUCCUCAACUUCCUCAGCUUCAAGCUCGCAAUCUACAAGUGGCUGGUACAAGGUCGAUGAAUGGUCUGGUGACUCGUUCUUUGACAAUGUCAAUUUCUGGGAAUGGAACGACCCUACUCAUGGAACUGUAGAUUACCUGAAUGCAGGUGAUGCAUGGAACAGUGGUUUAAUCUCUAUCAACAGCAAUAAACGAGCUGUCAUGGCUGUCGAUACUACCCAAGUAGUAUCUGGAGGAAGGAAGUCCAUCCGUGUACACGGUAACAGAAUCUUUACAGGUGGAUUGAUCAUCAUGGAUGCAGUCCACAUGCCAACCGGAUGUGGAACCUGGCCAGCCUGGUGGUCCAACGGACCAAACUGGCCUUUAGGUGGUGAAAUCGACAUUUUAGAAGGUGUCAACGAUUUCUCUCUAAAUCAAGUCUCACUGCAUACAGGUGAUGGAUGUACGAUGCCUUCGGAUAUGAACAAUGGACAAGUCGGUCAACUUACCACUGGUUCAUACGAUUCCUACAACUGUGCUUCCUACGCUACUUCAAACCAAGGUUGUGGUGUCAGAGACGAAGUUACUCAAAACGCUUAUGGUGAACCAUUCAAUGCUAUUGGUGGUGGUGUUUAUGCUACCCGAUGGAGCAAAGCCGGUAUAACUGUCUGGUUCUUCCCCCGUACCAACAUCCCAUCUGAUAUCACCAACGAUUCACCUGAACCAUCAGGAUGGGGAACACCAAUGGCUCACUUCCCCUCUGAUAACUGUAGCCCUUACCAGUUCUUCUAUGACCACUUUAACAUCUUUGACACGACGCUCUGCGGUGACUGGAGCGGCGCAGACGGCGUCUGGAACUACGCCGGAUACGCAGGACAAAGCGAAUCGUGUGCUGCUCAAACGGGAUACUCGACUUGCGCAGAUUACGUCUUGAAUCAAGGUUCGGCCUUUGCUGAAGCUUACUGGGAAGUCUCAUAUGUCAAGUACUUCAACUCUACCACCGAGGUAUAA